AUGAGACGGCUGCUUUCUCUGCCUCUCCAAGCGUCUUUGAGCGGUUUUGACAUAUGUGCUCCCUCUUCUCUUCUCUGUCUCUUUCUCUCUCUCUUCCCAUACCUCUCCAUACACCUCUCGUUAUUCACUCCACCUCCUCCCCCUUCCAGGACAGGAAGAGGAGCAGUAGCAGGGAGCACCAGCGAAGAGGACUGACAAUAACGGGAAGAGGAAGUGGGCAGUGACCUGUGUGAGAGAGAGGGGACUGUGGUCAGACAGCUGAGGUUCAACACUGCACUUUUGGCUUCUGGGCGAGAAAACCACAUCAGAUACGAAAGGAGGAAAAAGAGCACUAGAAGACCUGUUGGACUCCUUAAGAGGGAAAAACAAGGUGAUAGAACAACUUUCAAACUGGAGUUUUUACCUGUUUGGGAAGACAGACACUAAAUUGGUUUCACCCUGGGAGAUUGUUUCAUCUUUCAAGAAAUCCAAACCUGGGAUACAUUCUCCUUUAAAAGGCAUCCACUUAUACUUCUUCAUCACUGACUUCUCUUAUUAUCCUCUCCACAGUCCAGAAAAAAGGAAUUAUACUGGAAACUGGGGAAAAAACAAGCCGAGGGAGACAGAAAUCCCUGCCUGUACGACAACACCUGCUGCUCUCUUUCAACAUCAGAAAGCGCCCACAGUCAAAAAGAAAGAAGCUAGAGAGGCGAAGAGACAGAGUUGAAUAAGGAGGCGGUUUUACUCCCUGUUGAGCACACGACCACCUACCAGCCUCUAAUUUCUACCACAACCUGCCACAUUAAUAAAGCAUAAACCCAGCGCGAGUGAGGAGGAGAGCUCGUUUCACUUGGUUGUUUCGUACGAAAACAAAGGUCUGAACAUUUCUGCUUGAACUGGACUAUCACUCAAGAGUGGGCUCGGGGACCAAACCUCGAAGCAAGAACCCCAUUGUAUCUAUGAUGGCCUGGCUCCAGCUGUGUGCCACGAUGGGGCUUAUAGUUGCUAUGCUCCUGUCGAUCUCUUUCGCUGUGGCUGAAGAUUUUGGCCUUCCCGUUGUGGAAGGCCAUGUGGAGAUUGUGAAGAAGGAGACCCAUCCUGUCCUUUUCCGGCAGAAGAGGGAGUGGAUCUGGAACUCCCUGUAUGUCGAGGAGGAGAAACCUGCACCCCGUCCCUACAAGAUAGGACAGCUGAAGUCUAGCAAAAGAGUGGAAGUGAAGAGCUUCAAAAUUGAUGGUGAAGGAGCAAACACCAUCUUCACUGUGGAUCCGAAAGGAGAUCUGUUUGUCACCAGAUCUCUGGACAGAGAGGAGAAGAACUUGUACCAUUUGACAGCUAGGAUGUUCGAUGGGAACAACCAGUUGAUAGAAGAUUCUGGAGACUUUGUUGUGCAAGUGACAGACAUCAAUGACAACAGCCCUGUUUUUCCCAGAACAUAUAAUGGCUCUAUUAUGGAGAGAUCCACAAUAGGAACCAAAGUAGUUGAGGUGAAGGCAACAGAUGCUGAUGACUCCACCACUGCUAACGGAGAGCUCAGGUACUCUUUGAUGCACGACCUUUCUGCCUUCCAAAUCGACAGCAUCACAGGUGUGAUCAGCUGCAAGAUAAACUCUCUGGACCGGGAGACCAAGAGUCAGUACGUUGUGGUGGUUAAAGCUCAGGACAUGAGAGGAAUGGCCUCUGGCAGCACAGCCACCACCUCUGUCACCAUCACCAUCACUGACACCAACGACAACAUCGCUUCUUUCACCCGAAAGGUUUAUGACCUAGAGGUUCCAGAGAACCACAAGUUGAAUGAAAAGAUCGGCACUCUGGAGUUGGAGGACAGAGAUCAGAUUCAAAACAAAGAACCCAUUUUCGCUAUUCUCAAUGAGAACAACAAGGUGUUUAACAUUGAGCUCACCCCGAAUAAGGACGGAAACCUCAUGCUCAAACAGGCUCUGGAUUAUGAGACAAAAAACAGCUACACAUUAGACGUCCAGGUGCGAGAAAACCUCAGAAACCUGCGUUUUCCUGCUGACAACGUGAACACUGCUGUCACAACAGCCAAGGUGAAUGUCAGGGUGUUGGAUGUAGACGAGCCGCCGGUGUUCUCUCAACCCAUCUACACAUUCACGGUGCUGGAAGAACGGAUUGUUAACAACAUAGGAACGAUCACAGCCAGAGAUCCUGACAGAGCAAACAAGAGCAUACGUUACUCCAUCUUGGACAAGGACUGUCCGAUCAGUAUCAACCCGUUCACUGGUCAGCUGUCUACCCUGAGGAUGCUGGACAGAGAGCUGGAGGCCACACAUAUGUUUCAAGUUAGGGCGCAGGAGGAGCCAAGUGGUUUGGAGUCAUUUGUGAAAGUUAACAUAAUAGUUCAGGAUGUGAAUGACAACAAGCCUGAGCUGGUUGUGGAUGAGAUCUUUGUCUGUGAAAACGACUUCACCAACACAGUGAUAGGAACAUUGAGAGCCACAGAUAAAGACGACCAGCCAGCCUCGUUCAGCUUCAGCCUGGCCUCUGAAAGCUCUAACUUCACCAUCAAAGACUACGGCAACAGCACAGCAGACAUCAUGGUAAAACAAGGGCCGUUUAGCCUGGAUGACCCCAAGGAUUACAGCGUGGAUGUGCGCAUCAGUGACGGAGGACGACCUAUUCAGACCAGCAUCACAAAGCUGGCAAUCAAGUCGUGUCGGUGUGACGCCAGGAGGAUUCCUACACAGUGUAAAGCUGGUGCUCGGAGAAUGGGAGUCAGCGUUCAUGCUCUGAUAGCCAUCCUGCUCUGUAUACUGACUAUACUGGUCAUUGUGAUCCUGUUUGUGAUGAGGAAACGCUACCAGAAGGAUUCUCUAGCCAGUAUGAAGAACAGCGGGGAGAUUCACGAGCAGCUCGUCACAUACGAUGAGGAGGGAGGAGGAGAGAUGGACACUAAUGGCUAUGAUGUCUCAAUCCUUUCCUCUGCUUGCAAUGAUGGGUCUCUGCUCCGCCACCCGGACCGCCACCCUCACCCAUCCCUCUACGCCAUGGUCCAGAAAGCCCCCCAACACCACCCACAACCCACCGCCUGCAAGGGCGACAUGGCCGCGAUGAUCGAGGUGAAGAAAGAAGAAGCAGAUCACGACAGAGACGGCUUCCCAUACGACACUCUGCACAUCUAUGGCUAUGAGGGACCAGAGUCUUUAGCUGGGAGUCUUAGCUCUCUGGAAAGUUCCUCCUCUGGUUCGAAUGUGGAUUAUGACUUCCUGAGCGACUGGGGGCCGAGAUUCAGGACCCUGGCAGAGCUAUAUGGUGUGGAUGGACCUGAGUAUUACCAUCAAUACUGAUGGAGCCCGUCUGCUGAUAAGCACAUAAAAUGCCAAAAUACACACAUUCACAUAUUGAAAACAGCCAUAGAAAUACACCUACUCAGAGCCAACAGCAUGCAGUAAAUAUCCACACAUAACCAGGCUGUUAGGCUGUCCAUUUUAGUCUUUGGAUGAGGAGCUUCAAUCAAGCAGACAACUGAGUUCUCCAAAGACUUCUUCUGCUUCUGAAAACAGAAUCAGGGCGCUCUGUUUCCAGUGUUACAACAACUAACUUUUCUUAUCAUGUGUAACUCAAAGUGUGCUACACUUUGUAGACCCUCCCCCAUCCUCACCAACAGAUAAACAAAAGCCUCAUCAGACUCCAGGAGGAGGCUGUAUCAAGUUCAACAUGUUGAUUUUUUUUCCUGGAGAUCCAUUUUUUUUUUUGCCCUAUCCAUCCUAAAAUCAAAUGUUAGAAAUAUUCUUCAAGUAAAAGGAGGACUUGAUGCCACUGGAGAGUGUAAGAACUAAAUACAUACAAAAUGUGUAAGGGUUGAAAGAUCCCCAUGUGAGGAUGCCUCACAGGUGGUGUUGCAUGAUUGCAAAAUAUUAUUUUUUUCUGCAGAAUAUCCAAAUGUUUAAUCAGAUAAAACUCUACUGUGACUGUAGCCAAUCAGAUUUUACCUGGAGUUAUUGAUGUGCUUACCAGUCCAGUCUGGUACCAGUCAGUUAUUUAAAUUCUUUGUGUCAUUUUGCAUCAGUUCAUGUCAUUUUUUUCUUUAUGUAUCACCCUUUUGCAUCCUAUUUUACUACCAGUGCAAUAAAUACACCAAUAUGGAGGGAUCUUUUCAAGUUAGGCCUCUCUAUGCACCUUUAUCAAGCCGUGCUGAUUAACUUUUCUGUCACCAUUUUGGCGAUGCCAGGCUAAGCCAAGCCGCACCCAGAAUGGUCCUGCUCUGGAGCAGGGCCAAAGCGUAAGCCCCUCCUCCAAGUGUGCUGCAGUGUUGUUAAAGCAGUUCACAGGGUGCAAGUUUAAGGGGUGUCUUCUGUUUCUGAUAUCCUUCUGAUGCUAAAUUUUCAGUGUGAGCUUAGAAAGUUUGUUUUUGCUUUGAGAAGAUGUUAAGACAAUCAGACAGGAGUAUUCAGAUCUAACUCAAGUCCUUUGCUUUGUCAAUUUUUGUCAUAAAGAAAUGUUAAGCCAUUAGUAAAAUCACAUUACUCUCAGCAGGUGCAGUAUAAGUGACUGUGGAUGAGACUGAUGAGGCCUCAAAUGCUGCGUCAUCAGCUCUAGAUGCGCCCUCAUAUGGGUAGCUCAGUUGUGGUGGAAAAGCAUAUUCUCUGCUGCGCUGGACUGCCGGGCUGAGUCAAAGCAAGGCUUUUUUUUUUUUUUUUUUUUUUUUUUUUUUUACACAAAGAUGUUUAAAAACCAUGAAACUUCCUUUAUUUAAAACAUCAGUUUUUCAUACUGUAAUGGGCUCUUCUAAAUAUUAAGCUUGAUUUUGAAAUUUUAAAGUGGAAGUUUUGAAUUUCUGCCCCACUGGGGAUGCAAAAUACUGCAAGUCAAAGCAACUUGUAAUUAAUUUGAUCUUUUACUGUCUUUCUUCUGUUAUACUGGCAGAUUGUUCUAACUCUGAUGAUUUUUUGAUAUUUGACAAAAGGGGUUAAAACAAAGCAAGAAAAAGGAAAGAGAGCUCUCAUUUUUGUU